AUGCCAGUUUUGGAUAUUGAACGACCAAGAUUAAAAAGUGAAAUGCAUAAUGCAUUAAAACGACAUGUUUUACGUGAACGACAAAGAAAAAAAGACGAAGCAGAUGCUAAUGAAGCUGAUAAACAAAGACGACGUGCUGAAAAGGCUAAAACAUUAUCAUCAUCGAAAGUUCAAUUAGAACAUAAUGCGAAAGAUAUUUUUGAAUUAGAACGAAUACUCAUUGAUCUCGAAGAAAAAAAAUCUGAACAGUAUAAUUUAUUAAAAUGUGCAUUGACCGAAGAAGAUCAACGUAAACAUUCACAACAAACGGCAGCAAAAGAAUCAUCAUGGACAAGUCUUUAUUCGCCCAGCGUUCAUACAACACAAUAUACGCAUUAUCCUCAGCAUGAGUUAUUAACUAAUAGAUCACCAUCACAAUCAUUUAUUCCUACGACAGCAUCAGCAAAUAUUAGUUCAAAACGAUCACGUAGUCCUUAUUCAUCGCCAUCUAAUAAAUCAUUACGACCACUCAAUGUUCCUCAGUUACAUUCAAAUUCAUUAAACCCUGCUUUAACACAUCCAUCUCAUAAUCAAGCAUCUAUUUUUCCAUUACCACACCCACCCUCCACAUUCUCUUCUUAUUACGGUUAUAUGACACCAUCAUCAACUACUGCUAACCCUACAUCAACAUCAUAUGCUAGUCAAAUGUCACAUAUUCGAGGAGCAUCGCAAAUACCCAAUUAUCUAAAUCUAUUAUCAUUUUUACCUCAAUCAAUUGUUGAUUCAAAAGAACAAGUAACAAAUAUAUAUCCUCAUCAUUCAAUGUUAAUACCAUCGGAGAAUGGAUACUCAAUACAACCUUCAAAAGAAAGUUAUUCAUUAAAAAUGAAUGAUACAUAUAAAAACAUGAAAGAUCAAUUAUUAUCGGACACGAUUCCAAUUAGUGAUCGAGAUUCACAUGAACGAACAGUUCGAAAACGAACUUUAACUCGUCCACGAAGUGAACCAUCGUUAAUUAUCGAUCCCAAAACAAAUACUUAUUAUCGUAAUCCUUCUCAUCAAUCUUAUGGAGAUUUGCGUGAUCAUACAGAUGAUUUAAUCGAUACAGUACUUGAAGUUCCUACAAAAUGUGUUGAACAAGCAAAAGAAGUCGGAAAACUUGUUGUUCAAUAUGUUGUUGAUCACAGUCAUCUUCCACAUUGGUUACUUGAUAAUGAAUAUCUUCUCUCCGGACAUCGCCCACCAAUGCCAAGUUUUAAACAAUGUUUUGCAUCAAUAUUUCGUCUUCAUACUGAAACAGUUAAUAUAUGGACUCAUUUAUUAGGUACUUUAGUUUUUAUAGUUAUUGCUAUAUAUUUUUCCACACGACCAUCAACUGAAAUACAUAUGGAAAAAAAAAUAAUAUUUGGUGCAUUUUUUCUUGGAGCUAUUAUUUGUCUAUUAUGUUCGACUUUGUAUCAUACAUUAUAUUGUCAUUCACCAAAAAUUUCGAAAUUUUUUAGCAAACUUGAUUAUUGCGGAAUAGCAAUAUUGAUAAUAGGAUCAAUUAUACCUCUACUUUAUUAUCAAUUUUAUUGUGAAUUUGGCACAAAAUUAGCUUAUUUAACAUUAAUUGGUGUCUUAGGUAUUGGAUGUAUAGUCAUUUCAAUGUGGGAUAAAUUUAAUUCACCCGAAUAUCGUGUCUAUCGAGCUUUACUUUUUAUUACGUUUGGUGUGUUUGGUUUUAUUCCGACGUGCCAUUAUAUACUCCGAUUUGGUGUGGAACAUGCUUUUACAGCUGGCGCCACACAAUAUUUACUCUUGGUAGCUGCACUCUAUGGUACUGGUGCCUGUAUUUAUGCUAUACGAAUACCUGAACGAUUAGCUCCCGGUGUUUUUGAUAUAUGGUUUCAGAGUCAUCAACUCUUUCAUAUAUUUGUUGUAGUCGCAGCUUGCGUUCAUUAUUAUGGUAUUUGUAUAUUAUCACAUAAUCAAACGAAUUACUUUGGAGAUUGUCGAAAUAUUUUAAAUUCAGAUACAACUCCAAUAUCUUCUUUGAUUACUUAA